AUGCGGCGCCGCGCCGUCACGGCACUCCUGCUGCAGUAUGCCACUGCACUCAUCAUGACGCCGGCAGCACGCAACCAGCUCACGCGCCGCCGCGCCACCGAAACGACCGACACCGACUUCGCCGACGCCCAGUGGCAGCUGUACGCGGCGCAGUCGGGCCGGUGGGAGGGCGUCUGGACGACGUUCGACAGCCAAGGCAUCGAACAAUUAGCGCAUACGGGCUGCUGGGACGUCUCGCUGGACGGCGACGACGCCGUCCAUAAAAUGGAGGUGCCCGGGCCCGACGGCUAUCCGCGGCAGAUUCCCGUCGGGACGUACACGAAAGGGAAGCUCGGACGGCAGACGUGUGCGGGUGCGGGCAUGGUGUCCGGGCCUACGUUACUAAGGAGUGGGCUGAUGUCUACCGAGUUGCUAUUGAGGUACGGCGCGUCGCGGUUACGCGUGGCCGUGCAGCACGCCCCGGCGGAGGCCAAUGAAGGCGUCGAGGACGCGGUGCCCGCGUUACUCUGCUUUAGAUGUGUCGUCGCGAGGGAGCGGUGCGACGCGGAGCUAGGAGCACCUACGAGAGAAGUGGAGGCAACAAGGUGGCAAGGCCACGAGGAUGAUUUACCAGAUGAUAAAGAUAAUACGCACUUCUGGAAGGGGAGAAGCCCCUAUUCCUGGAGAAGAGACUGGGUCGGCGAGAGCGACGUUGCGAUAAGGGACACGCUCGAGCAUUUCGAAUUGCCCGACGGUCUUGAGGAGGACGAGUCGUGGCACGAGUCGACGCGGAGCGGCGAGGCGUCCUACAACCUCGCCUUGCCGGGCGGCAUCCGCGUGCAAGCUCCCCAGAUCAUUCCCGCGGCUGUUCCAGUGCCCAUCCGCGUCGCCUGGAUGCCCAACGCCCAAACUCUCUUGAGGGCGGAGGGCGUCGUGACGGCUCUGGAAGCGGUCGAAGGUAGUGACGAGCGGCUCGCGCCGCCUAGGUUGGUGACCUUCCGCGCGGACUGCCUCAAAGAUAGAGGGCCGAAACCAGGGGAUCCUAUUUAUGUCGAUCCUGAACCAGGAGAGUAA